UCAACCCCACAUCACACAAAAGACCCUGGCGCAACCCCAACCCAACGACUGGGAUAUCGGGAACAUUUCCUUUCCCCGCCGCUGGAAACCAACCCUCACUUACAUCUUCAGCACGAAAAACCAACAUUGAGGCUUCAUCCAACGUCCGGCACUGGCUCCUGAUAACGCAAUCAUCAUCGGUUUUGGAUUCUCGUGUUACCACACACGGUUGUCUUAUUGUGUUAUCGCGGGAUAUGGAGGGGGAUGGAGGGGAGCUUGGAGACCUCGUGGACCACAAGGUAAGAUAGGGCGGUUGUGAUCGUGGUCACUUGUUAGGUUUUCGAGAGCUGUUUGAGUCAUUUAUAAUGAGCUUUUCCUCUGUUCUUUCUUUUCUUUCCUCAAAAAAGCAAGUGCUGUACUAGUUUUUCUCUUUCCGGAAUCAAGUCGAAUCUUCAAAGCACAAUAUCAAAGCAUUUCUUCUUCAUUAUGGAUUCAUUCACACUCUUCCCUCAACUACUUCCAGAACUCCGUCUUCUCAUCUGGAAAUACGCCUUGCUCCACCCCCGCCUCAUCCUGAUCUACAAACACGCAACAAGAACUACACCCCCUCACACCCACGUCCGCCGCACCGUCAUCUCACCCCUCCUCUCCGCAUCACGAGAAUCCCGCCGCGAAGCUCUAAAACACUACAUUCAACCCUCUCUCCUCCCUACCACCCCAACACUCUUCCCACCCCUCAACACCCAGCUCCCCUUCCCCGUCGGCCCAGGAACUGACAUCCUCUACAUCUCCGGCCACGACCGUCCGCCCCGCCGCCGCACACCCGUGACGUGGACACUCACACACCUGCUUUCCGAGUUAGAUUCCUGCUCGCCUUCCUUCGCGCCAGUGAGGCAUCUAGCUAUCGACCUUGCUCUCUUGCUUUAUACGCCCUUUAGCAUCACGCCGAAAUUCCACAUCCCGUACGGGAUCUGGAAAUUCGUUAUUUGUGAUCUUAGGAUACUGGAGACGUUGAUCGUGGUGCGGAGUUGCGGGAAUUGUGAGGAAGAGAAGUGGGGUGUUGAUCAGGUAGAGGGCAAGUUGGAGCAGGCUAGGAGGAGGUUUCUUGAUUUUUGGGAGGGCAUGAGGGAUGGGGAUGAUGAGGAGGGCGGUGUGGCGCAGGAGAUUGAGAGGUUGAGCGGGUGGAAGAUGCCUUUUGUUGAGGUCUUGGAGUUGGAGGAGUUGGUUGCCAGGUGUUGGGUUUGAUGACUUCUUACUUCCUCAAACCUCUGU